AUGGGGCCUGAAGGCCAGCCCUGGUACCCUAGAGGAAGAAGGACCUGUCUUCCUGAUCUCCGUGGUGCUUCACAAAUGCUAGGUAUAGUGAAGCUGGGGACCCAAGUAGAGCCCUUUGAAGGGGGCCACUUGACCUUUGAAAAACAUGGCGAUGAUACAUUUUCCUGCAGACUGUCAGUCAGAGGUCUCAUCCUCACAAUUGAAAGGGCGCAACAAUCGAAUUUCUCCAGCCAUGGGGUACACAGCCUCUGGGCUCUGCCGACCCAUAUGGCUCACCUCUCUGAUCCAGCUUUUGCUCUGGAAGAACUGGACCCUGAGGAAAAGGCAAAAGGUAAGAAGGGCAGUCUGUGGUCUCAAAGUGAGGUGGAGAGCAAAGACACGGUGGAGAGGAUUCGCUUUGUGGUGGAACUUGUAUGGCCUUUAUCUUUAUUUCUGCUCUUGAUCUGGUUAAGGAAUGUCAACCCACUCUACAGCCAACAUGAAUGCCAUUUUCCCAACAAGGCGAUGCCCUCAGCAGGAAUGUUGCCGUGGCUUCAGGGGAUGUUCUGCAAUGUGAACAAUCCUUGUUUUCAAAGUCCCACCCCGGGAGAAUCUCCUGGAAUUGUGUCAAACUAUAACGACUCCAUCUUGGCAAGAGUGUUUCGAGAUUUUCAAGAACUCCUUAUGGAUGCACCAGAGAGCCAGCACCUUGGCCAUGUUUGGAAAGAACUUCAAACUUUUUCCCAACUCAUGGACACCCUCCGGACUCACCCUGAGAGAGUUGCAGGAAGAGGGAUACGAAUUCGGGAUGUCCUAAAAGAUGAAGAAACACUGACGCUAUUUCUCAUGAAAAAUAUUGGCCUGUCUGACUCAGUCGUCUACCUUCUGGUCAACUCCCAAGUUCGUCCUGAGCAGUUUGCUCAUGGAAUCCCAGACCUGACACUGAAGGACAUCGCCUGCAGCGAGGCCCUCCUGGAGCGCUUCUUAAUCUUUAGCCAGCGCCGUGGGGCACAGACAGUGCGCGAUGCCAUGUGCUCCCUCUCCCAGGGCACCCUCCAGUGGGUGGAAGACACUCUGUAUGCCAACGUGGACUUCUUCAAGCUCUUCCGUGUGGUAAGGGAGGCAUUUAGCGGCUUACCUCGUGGAAGGUAAUUCCUGGGUACAGUGGAGCCUGUCGCAGGUCAUCAGGGACUCACAGAUUGAC